CACGCCAGCCUGACACUUGCCACCACGCGCCCAGCCCGUGCGCCGCUCGCGUUAAUCCCACUCGUCACCCGCACCGCGCGUAGCGAGGAGCGCAACGAGUCGUCUCACAGGCAGCCAUGGCCAGCAUCACCAUCUCCACUGCCAAGAAGGCCUCGGUGCGCAGCUCCGUGCCGCGGUAUUCCGCCGGCUUCAGCAGCCGGUCGCUCGGCGGCAGCGGCGGGUGGGGUAGGGUCAGCGGCGUCGGUGGCGCAGGAGGGCUCGCGCGCCGCAGCGCGUUGACGUCCGGCUACCGGGCCGGCUCGGCGGCGUCCGGCUUCGGCUACGGCUACGGCGUGGGCGGAGCGGGGGCGGCGGCGUCGGCCGCGGCGCUGGCCUGCGCGGCCCCCGUGGACAUCGACCGCUCGGUGCUGCCCACGCGCACCCAGGAGAAGGAGGCCAUCAAGCACCUCAACGACCGCUUCGCCAACUUCAUCGACAAGGUGCGCUUCCUGGAGCAGCAGAACAAGGUGCUGGAGGCACAGUGGUACGCGCUGCAGGAGAAGACCACGACCGGCUCCAGCGUCGACGAGAUGUUCGAGGCCUACAUCAACGGGCUCCGGCGGCAGCUCGACGGCCUGGGCCACGAGAACGGCCGGGCGAACGGAGACCUGGGCCAGAUGCAGGCCGUCGUGGAGGACUUCAUGAGCAAGUACGAGGCGGAGAUCACCGCACGCAUUCACAAGGAGAACGAGUACGUCGUCAUCAAGAAGGACGUCGAUGCAGCCAACGUCAUCAAGAUAGAGCUCGAGGCCAAAAUGCAAGGUCUGGUCGAGGACAUCAACUUCCUGCGGGAGAUCUUUGCUCAGGAGCUCAGCGAGCUGGAGGCCCAGAUCAAGCACACCAACGUGCUGGUGGAGAUCGACAACAGCCGCAACCUGGACGUUGAUGGCAUCAUCGCCGACGUGCGUCACCAGUACGAGACCAUCGCGGCGCGGAGCCGAGCCGAGGCGGACGCCUUCUACCAGGACAAGUUUGACAGGCUCCACGCGGACAGUGGCAGGAACGACGAGGAGAUGCGAGUCAUCAGGACCGAGAUCAACGACAACAAUCGCCACAUCCAUCGCAUGCGGGCGGAGAUCGACGCCCUCAAGAAGCAGCGCGCCAAGCUGGAGGCGGCCAUCGCCGAGGCGGAAGGACGCGGAGAGGCCGACAUCCGGGAGGCCAAGGCGGCCAUCGCCCAACUGGAGGAGGAGAUCCACAAGGCGAAGCAAGAGAUGGCCAGACACGUGCGCGAGUACCAGGAGCUCAUGAACGUCAAGCUGGCUCUGGACAUCGAGAUCGUCACCUACCGCAAGCUGCUGGAGGGAGAGGAGUCCAGACUCAACGUGUACUCGUCACAGAUCGGAGGCAACGCCUCCAGUGUCACCUACAAGACGUGCGUCGAUACCACUCCCUACUACUACGGAGGAGGAGGAGGAGGCAAUUAUUCUGGGACCUCCACCGUGGGACUGUCAGCCUCCACCGGCUACAGCGGAGGCUCCACAUACAACUACUCCGUGCCCACAAAGGCGGUGGAGACCAAGCAGUCCAAGAAAAUGGUCGUGAUCAAGACCAUCGAGACCAAAGACGGCCACGUGGUGUCCGAGCAGUCCGAGGUCAUCCGAGACUGAGGGCACAGCGAGCCGGAACCUUCUCGCCAAGCUCAUCGUCGUCAUCGGCCAUUGUCAAUCCGCUGCUGGAUGAAGGCAUAGCGGUGCGAGAGCUCUGUGGUUCCCGGGCAACGUCGCGACGUGUCGAUUGAAUAUCAAAUGCUAGAUGUGCGAUCGGUCUAAAUUGAAAAUUAAUUUCUUUAGAACUGCUUUUUGUGUUUAGUUUGUUGUCCUUCCCCCGCACCUCCGAUU